AUGCCUGACCAGAAAGAUAUUGUACACAGAGCCCACUGUAUUGAAAAACUACUCUCUGAGAACAAUUUCCAAGAUAUUGAAGAUCAUCUUAAAGAACUUGAAGAUGUUGAUAUGACUGUAGAAUAUCUUCAGGGGACAGAAGUUACCAAGGCUGUAUACAGAGUACUCAAGAACUGCCCUUCCCUAGAGUUGAAAAAGAAAGCAAAGCGGUUGUUAUCAAGGUGGAAGGCACUUUACAAGAAUGACUGUGUUCAGUCAGUGCAAGUUAAAAAGUCAGUUCCUCUGUAUGUGAAAGAGGAAACUGAACAUCUUGACGUGAUUCCUAGAGAGGAGUUGCUGUCCGACAGACCAGGGCAGCAGGAUGCAUUAGAUGCUACUAAUUUUAAAAUUUUGGUUCCAUCGCAACCUGUUAGAAAUGUGGUAUGUAAUGACACAGAAGGCAGCACUAAUCUGCUUUCUUCUUUUGAGGAGCAAAACACUGAUAAUGAAGAUUCUAAGCCUCUUGUUAAUGAAGCAAGUCUGCAGCAGGAUCCGAUGAGAGCUCUGAGGCAUAAAUGCACGGAUCUUCUUCAUGAAGCUUUGACUGGUUCUGCCAAAGAUGAAGAAACGGAUAGAUGGCUGGAGCUAGCUAAAGAAAUCGAAGGGCAUGUUUUUGCUCUGCAUGCUAAAAGUCACAAAAAGUACAAAAAUUGCAUCAGAAGCAAAAUCUCUAACUUGAAGAACCCUAAAAGUUGCCACUUAAAGCAUAACCUUUUUUCAGGGACAUUGAGUCCAAAGGCUUUUGCUGAAAUGACGGUGAUGGAAAUGGCCAGCGAUGAACUGAAACAGCUCAGGGCUCUGUACACAGAGUCAUCUGUGCAGGAACAUCAGCUUCCACAAGCUAUUAAUGGCACGCAGACAAACAAAAUAAAAUGUAGGCGCUGUGAAGAAUUUGAUUGCACUGUCACUAUGAUCGCCAGAGGAACUCUCUUUCUUCCAGGUUGGGUGCGAAACACAAAUCCAGACGAACAAAUGUUGACUUAUGUUAUUUGUAAUAAAUGUGGAGAACAGUGGUAUCACAGCAGAUGGAUUUGUUUGUAACACUUUACUAAGUGGUUACUUAGAAGCUUAAAUACAAGAAGGUAUCUCUGCUGAAACUAUAUAAUGUAAAAUCUUGUGUGAAUAUUAUGUAGACACUGCCACUAAAAAGUGCAAAAUUAGUUUUAAAAAAUUGCAAA